AACAGUGGAUGAAUUGAUGUCAGCAUUGGAAGGACUUACUGGAUUUGCUGAACCAUUUUUUAACAUGUACAUUAACUUCUUUAAUUUGAUAACUUCAGUAAAGGAAGCAUACAACACUUUGAAAGAAGGGUAUGAAUCAGCAAUGUCUACAUUGGCUGGUAUUUUUGGUCCUAAAGCCCACAGAAGUUUUCCUAAUGUCACACGUUUGAGUGGAGGUGGGUGUGGCUAUGAUGGUUUCUACCCAGCUGGUGAGAAAGGAGGAGUUGACUUAGAAAUAGAUUCUGGAGAAACAGUUUGUAUAAUAGAAUUAGUUACUUUUGAUCUAUAAUAUGAAUUUUUUGGCUAUUUUUGAAAUUCUGAUGAUAAGGUCCUGUUUUUUUUUUUUUUUG